AUGUUCUUUGUUUUAGCUGGCUUCAUGAUCAUGAAAAGAGUCAACCAAACCAGCAGUGUUUCUGAGUUCAUCCUCCUGGGACUCUCCUCCCAGCCUGAAGACCAGAAGCCACUCUUUAUCCUCUUCCUCACCAUGUACCUGGUCACCAUAACAGGGAACCUGCUCAUCAUCCUCGCCAUCCACUCUGACCCUCAGCUCCAGACCCCCAUGUAUUUCUUCCUGAGUUUCCUGUCCUUCACUGACAUUUGCUUUACAACAACCAUUGUCCCCAGGAUGCUACUGAGCUUUCUGUCAGAGAAGAUCAUCUCCUAUGCUGGGUGUCUGACACAAAUGUAUUUUAUUUACGUUCUGGCCAACACUGACAGCUUCCUCCUGGUGGUCAUGGCCUUUGACCGCUAUGUGGCCAUCUGUGACCCUUUCCACUAUGUCACCACCAUGAACCACCACCGCUGUGUCCUGCUGGUGGCCUUUUCCUGCUCAUUUCCUCACUUCCACUCACUCCUACACACACUGCUACUGAAUCGUCUCACCUUCUGUGACAACAAUGUUAUCCAUCACUUCUUCUGUGACAUCAACCCUCUGCUGAAAUUGUCCUGCUCCUCCACAUUUCUCAAUGAAAUCAUGAUAAUGUCAGAAGGUUCUGUUGUUUUGGUGACCCCCUUUGUGUGCAUCACCUUCUCUUACAUACGAAUCCUCAUCACAGUUCUCAAGAUCCCCUCAGCUGCUGGGAAACGCAAAGCCUUCUCCACCUGUGGCUCUCACCUCACUGUGGUAACCCUCUUUUAUGGAAGCAUCUUCUAUGUCUAUUUACAGCCCCUGUCCAACUACACUGUGAGAGAUCGUGUGGCAACACUUGUUUACACAGUUCUUACCUCCAUACUGAACCCUUUUAUCUAUAGCCUGAGAAACAAAGACCUGAAACAGGGCCUGAGGAAACUGAUGGGCAGGAGGAAGUCCUAGCCAGAACCUCUGGAAGCAUGUUCAUGAGUGUCUCUUCUCCUUUGGACCCUGUUUCUGCUGCUCAGGAGGGAUAAUUUAUAUGUGUCAUGGAUGUUGGAUUGUAUCCAUUUCUUUGCAUAUGCAACUAUCUUCCAUUGAGAUCAUUAUGAUUCAAUAAUUGGCUCAAGGUCUACCAAAAUCUUGGCUUCCA